GUAAUAAUUUCAUAGCGCAUCACUGCAUAACUGGUGUGCUGUGAGGAUAAUAAAAGAUUAUUCUAUUAGCUCCUCUUUUAUUUAAACAUUUUUUGGUCUAUUAUACAAUGAAUUAUAGGCCUAUAAUUAAAAUUGUUAACAGUCUAUAACACUGCAGUCAUCAAUGAAAAUUAAGAGCAGAUUUACUUCAAGCACCAACUUUAAAAAAACAACCUGUUUAAUACGAAAUACUUUUCUUCUAAUUUGUUUCACUAUAAACAGACCACGGACUUUCGGCUCGCGGGGGGCCCCGCGGAUUUGUGCUAUGUCACUGAUUCCAGUUAUAUUCUUUUGAGCUCUUUUGUAUCGUCUCAUCAUUUCUCUUUCUGUGUUUUUUUUGCUUUUUCUUUUUCUUUUCAAAUCUUCCUUUUGCUUGUUCUCUCUCCUCGAUCGUCAUACGCCCCCUAAUGCUGAUUGGUUGUGCGUUUGUUGUUGGUAUCGGCCCGACUAACUUCCAAACAGUGUAGUUGAAAAAAUGGAUACCCCACCUUUAAAAUUAUAUUUUUCAAAUCGUAGUAAGAAAAACUAGACCCCUAGUGGUCAAAGUUGUUUACAUUUUGUCAGUGAUGUGAUCUUCACUUUUAAACCUACGGAGACAUGGUGAUGGAAAAAAUAUGAGAUGGGAGGAAAAAUUAUAUUUCAACGCUUUUGCGAUCCCUGAGAAACUCAAAACAUUUUGUGAGUGAACACAAAGUUUCUCGGGGGAGAAUGCGAGAUGAGAAUGCAAAAGCGCUGACUUAUAAUUUUCCUUCAACAUGUCCCUAGGGGCACUGUAUAAACCUUAUAAAUGUAUGAGUUUGAUAGAAGUCUAAUAUUGUAUGAAUUCCUCUUCUCUCAUUACAGAUGGUGCCAUAUAUGUGUUUGUUGUUAAUCAUCCUCAAGGCAAAAGCCAAGUGGAGAUUUUCAGAUUUGUUGAGAAUGAAAAUGCCCUUCAAUACAUCAAGACCAUCAAGCAUGAACUUCUGCAUAAUGUGAAUGACAUAGUAGCUGUGGGGGCCGAAAGCUUUUAUGCCACCAAUGAUCAUUACUUCACAAAUGAGAUUCUCAAGUUGGUGGAGUCGUUUCUCUCUUUGCCCUGGUGUGACGUUGUCUACUUCAGCCCUGAGACCGUGCAGGUUGUGGCAGAGGGUUUCCUAUGUGCCAAUGGCAUAAAUAUCUCACCCAACAAAAGGCAUUUGUAUGUGUCAGAUGUUCUGAAGCACACAAUUGCCGUCAUGGAGAUACAGAAUAACACUGUAUUGUCUCACGUAAAGGAAGUUGAUGUGGGCUCACUCCCUGACAACAUCGAGGUGGACCGUGAAUCUGGAGAUCUGUGGCUGGGCUGCCACCCAAACGGUUUCAAAUUCAUGCUUGGUGAUCCGAAUGAUCCACCUGGUUCUGAGGUUAUCAGGAUUGAGAACAUCCUCUCUGAAAAGCCCCAGGUGACUCAGGUGUAUGCAGAUGAUGGCAGUGUGAUCAUUGCUUCUUCAGUGGCAGCCCCAUAUGGAGGAAAGCUGCUCAUUGGAACUGUUUAUCAGAAAGCUCUGAUCUGUGACUUUAAAUAGUGAAUAUAUUCACUUGAAGCAAACAAUGAAAAAAUACUUGAUUUGGCUAAUGUGUAUAAUUUCAGAAAUUGACUUAUUGCAACAAACCAUUUAAAGACAAAUAUUGCUAAUUAUUCUUGAUGAGUUGACCUCUGAAAUGUCAAUUAGUGCCAACCGUUUUCUGCAUUGACAUGCUACAGUUCAUCUAAAAAGUUUUAAACUACAUUUUUCCUAUGAUAUAAUCAUUAUACACUCUUUGGGUGGAGUGAAACUUGGGUUAUAGUUUUGAGUUGACUUGUAUUGAGACUUUUUGAUUCAAUUUCUUAUAACUUGACAAGAAAUAUUAAUAAUUAUAUUAUUAAUAAUAUACUUAAUAUGUUCUUUAUUGGCAUCUAUGGUUCCAUUAAGAACCUUUAACAUAAAUUGAGCCUUUAAAUUCCACAAAAGGUUCUUUAGAUUUUCAAAAUGUUCUUUACGCUGAUUAAAAAAAAACUUUUUAAGAACUAAUAGACAAAACAUUUUGCUCACUGGAAUCAAUGUAUUGCAACUGUCAGAAGCACAAUGAUCUCUCAGGGUGUAUAAAAUGCAAUAUGACAUGUCCAAAGUGUUUGGGAUGGCACUUAUAUCUUGUUUGCCCUGUUAAAGAACCAUUUUAAGACUAAAAAAAGUCCAAAUUGUAAAUCCAAACCUUGCCAGUAUGAAUGAUACUACAAUGGUAAUGAUUAAACAGCUCAAUUUAUUUUAAUGCAAAAUGUAUAUUGGGUAACAGGAAAGCACGUCACAUGUUUUGGAAGAGAAAAUGUGUCCAACUUAGUUAAUCAAAGACCUUUUAUAUCUUAAAGGGUAAAAUAAUCUGUUUUCAAAACACCUGCUUCUAUGAUUCUAGCUUAAUGCGUGGCUGUGUGUGUUCAGUGUGAUUUAGUUGACUCUGGAAUCAUUCUUAAGUCUAAUGACUAGCACAAUAAUGUAACUGUCUUGAGUGAUUUGUAUGUGUUCAUGACUUAAUGUAGCUUCCGAAUUUUAAUAUGAUUGUGAAACAAAUCCAUUCUCGACUCCAUACUUGCACAUACAUGUUGUGACUGAUGCCAAGUUGAGUGUUCAUUAAAACAAGAAAUGUUA